AGUCCUCGUAGCCGAUUGGUUGUGAGCUCCGUGGGUUCCCGCCCCUCGCGGUGCCCCUCCCUCUUCUCGUGCCUCCCAGAAGGUUCCAGGCCGCCGUUGUCCCGCACGCGCUGUCAGAAUGAUGGGCCAGCAGGUUUUAGUGCUCAACCAGAACAUAAAGAGAGAGUCCGGACGCAAAGUCCAGACCGGAAACAUCAACGCUGCCAAGACCAUAGCAGAUGUGAUCAGGACUUGCCUGGGCCCCAGGGCCAUGAUGAAGAUGCUGUUGGACCCUAUGGGAGGCAUUGUGAUGACCAACGAUGGAAACGCCAUCCUGAGAGAGAUCCAGGUCCAGCAUCCCGCUGCCAAGUCCAUGAUCGAGAUCAGCCGCACCCAGGAUGAGGAGGUGGGAGACGGGACCACGUCGGUCAUCAUCCUGGCUGGCGAGAUGCUGUCUGUUGCAGAGCAGUUCCUGGAGCAGCAGAUGCAUCCAACCGUCAUCAUCAGCGCCUACAGACAGGCUCUGGAAGACAUGCUGGAGACCCUGAAGGACAUCAGCACCCCGGUGGACCCGGCCGAUCGCUCCAUGAUGCUGAAGAUUCUGCACUCGGCCAUCAACACCAAGGCUCUGAGCCGCUGGUCCGAGCUGGCCUGCAGCAUCGCGCUCGACGCCGUCAAGACCGUCGAGAUCGACGAGAACGGACGCAAGGAGAUCGACAUCAAGAAGUACGCCAAAGUGGAGAAGGUCCCAGGUGGUAUCAUCGAGGACUCGUGCGUGCUGCGCGGCGUGAUGGUGAACAAAGACGUGACUCACGCCAGGAUGAGACGAAUGAUCAAAGAGCCGCGCAUCGUCCUGCUGGACUGCUCCCUGGAGUACAAGAAGGGAGAGAGCCAGACGGACAUAGAGAUCAGCAGAGAGGAAGACUUUGCUCGGAUCCUGCAGAUGGAGGAGGAGUACAUCCAGCAGAUCUGUGAAGACAUCAUCAGAGUGAAGCCGGACCUGGUGUUCACCGAGAAGGGCGUCUCCGACUUGGCUCAGCACUACCUGAUGAAGGCCAACAUCACCGCCAUCCGCCGUGUCAGGAAGACCGACAACAACCGCAUCGCCAGGGCGUGCGGGGCUCGUAUCGUCAGCCGCACAGACGAGCUGCGUGAGGAGGACGUCGGCACGGGGGCGGGGCUUUUCGAGGUGAAGAAGAUCGGCGACGAGUACUUUGCCUUCGUCACCGAGUGCAAAGACCCGAAGGCCUGCACCAUCCUGCUGAGGGGAGCCAGCAAGGAGAUCCUGGCCGAGGUGGAGAGGAACCUGCAGGACGCCAUGCAGGUGUGUCGUAACGUGCUGCUGCAGCCCAGCCUGCUGCCAGGCGGUGGCGCCGUGGAGCUGGCGGUGUCGAAGCGUCUGACGGAGCGCUCGCGGGCUCUGACGGGGGUGGAGCAGUGGCCGUACCGCGCCGUGGCCCAGGCCCUGGAGGUCAUCCCCCGAACCCUCAUCCAGAACUGCGGGGGGUCCAGCAUCCGGCUGCUCACCUCGCUCCGGGCCAAACACACCCAGGACAACAGUGUGUGUUGGGGUGUGAACGGGGAGACGGGCUCUCUGGCUGACAUGGCGGCUCUGGGCAUCUGGGAGCCUCUGGCUGUUAAAGCCCAGACAUACAAGACUGCUGUGGAGACGGCCAUCUUGCUGCUGCGUAUCGACGACAUCGUCUCCGGCCACAAGAAGAAGGGGGAGGAGCAGGCAGGAGGAGGACGUGGAGCCGAGUAGAAACACUCCGUCACCGUCUGACAGUUCAGCUUCAACGUUAGGGUCUCCUGUCUGUCUACGUGUGUGUGUGUGUGUGUGUGUGUGUGUGUGUGUGUGUGUGUGUGUGUGUGUCGGGACCACAGGUUGUGUAGCCGCUUGUUAGCAGACGUUCUGUUCACUGAAACUAAAAUAUUGGUCAAUAAAACACAAAUGAGACGUA